AUGACAUACAAAAUAGUUACGCUAUAUCACCCUAGCCAUCGGGUGCCGAGUCUGGAGAAGGCCGACACGUUCUUCCGUGAGGUGUUUGGCAUCGAGAGCGUCUGGCGGAACAAGCUCUUUACGAAGCCAGACCCCAAAUACCCGACAUUUCCAACCGACUACUGCAUUUUCACGUCCAUUGCGGAUGUCUUCUUCGACUGCAUAGACCCCAAAAAGUACGUGAUUGAUGGGGAACAGAGAUACGAGGAUGUCGAGGAGCCUCACCUCAACGGUCUGGGCUGGGGCGUGGAAGGCAUCGAUGAGAUAUACGCCUGGCUGAACGAGAUGGGUGUGCGUUCGACCGACCAAGCCAACCGGCUCGCCGACCCCAAGGAGUGUCCCGUGGCUGUUUUCAAACCAUCAAAGCUUUUCUUCACAGUUGCGGAGGACAGUGGGCUUCGCUACGAGUACUAUCCAGCUUCGAGCAUGGGGACCUACGACAUCCGCCGGGACCCUUCGUGGAAGCUGAAUCCCCAGGUCGGAAAGGGGCCCUUGGGAAUCCAGUUUUGCUCCCACCACACGAUCCUGACCGCGAAUCUGAGCCGGGCCAUUCGACUGUUCGUGGACCUCAUGGGUGGGAAGCAGAUCCACGAGACCAAAGGCACGCUUCGAGGGACCGACAGCAUCUUCAUUCAGCUGGCCGACGCGGUCUACGAGUUCGCCGUCCCCAUUCCCGGUGUCGACUCGUAUGCGUCCAGAGACUUCGAAGCAAGACAAAACAAGGCCGAGGAUGUCUAUCACGCCUUGACCUGGAAAGUCAAGGAUCUGGCUGUCACUGAGGCGCAUCUUCGGGGGAAAGGGGUGGAGCUCAUCGCCAAGGACGAUUCAAUGCUAGUGGUCGACCCCAAAGACGGGUUAGGAAUCCCCUGGGGCUUUGUAGCUGAUGUCUUGCCCGGGGACGAUAGGUAUACCUCAGAGUUGCAGUAA